AAAUACUUGUAUCUAAAUGUCAUUAAAUACUUGUAUCUAAAUGUCAUUAAAUACUUGUAUCUAAAUGUCAUUAAAUACUCGUGUCUACAUGUCAUUAAAUACUCGUAUCUACAUGUCAUUAAAUACUCGUAUCUAAAAGUCAUUAAAUACUCGUAUCUAAAAGUCAUUAAAUACUCGUAUCUAAAAGUCAUUAAAUACUCGUAUCUAAAUGUCAUUAAAUACUCGUGUCUAAAUGUCAUUAAAUACUCGUGUCUAAAUAUCAUUAAAUACUCGUGUCUAAAUAUCAUUAAAUACUCGUGUCUAAAUAUCAUUAAAUACUCGUAUCUAAAUAUCAUUAAAUACUUGUAUCUAAAUGUCAUUAAAUACUUGUAUCUAAAAGUCAUUAAAUACUUGUAUCUAAAAGUCAUUAAAUACUUGUAUCUAAAAGUCAUUAAAUACUUGUAUCUAAAAGUCAUUAAAUACUUGUAUCUAAAAGUCAUUAAAUACUUGUAUCUAAAAGUCAUUAAAUACUCGUAUCUAAAAGUCAUUAAAUACUCGUAUCUAAAAGUCAUUAAAUACUCGUAUCUACAUGUCAUUAAAUACUUGUAUCUAAAAGUCAUUAAAUACUUGUAUCUAAAAGUCAUUAAAUACUUGUAUCUAAAAGUCAUUAAAUACUUGUAUCUAAAAGUCAUUAAAUACUUGUAUCUAAAUGUCAUUAAAUACUCGUAUCUAAAUGUCAUUAAAUACUCGUAUCUAAAUGUCAUUAAAUACUCGUAUCUAAAUGUCAUUAAAUACUCGUAUCUAAAUGUCAUUAAAUACUCGUAUCUAAAUGUCAUUAAAUACUCGUAUCUAAAUGUCAUUAAAUACUCGUAUCUAAAUGUCAUUAAAUACUUGUAUCUAAAAGUCAUUAAAUACUUGUGUCUAAAAGUCAUUAAAUACUCGUUCAAUAAAUACUCGUAUCUAAAAGUCAUUAAAUACUCGUAUCUAAAAGUAAUUAAAUACUCGUAUCUAAAAGUCAUUAAAUACUCGUAUCUAAAAGUAAUUAAAUACUCGUAUCUACAUGUCAUUAAAUACUCGUAUCUACAUGUCAUUAAAUACUCGUAUCUAAAUGUCAUUAAAUACUUGUAUCUAAAAGUCAUUAAAUACUUGUAUCUAAAAGUCAUUAAAUACUUGUAUCUAAAAGUCAUUAAAUACUUGUAUCUAAAUGUCAUUAAAUACUUGUAUCUAAAUGUCAUUAAAUACUUGUAUCUAAAUGUCAUUAAAUACUCGUAUCUAAAAGUCAUUAAAUACUCGUAUCUAAAUGUCAUUAAAUACUCGUGUCUAAAUGUCAUUAAAUACUCGUGUCUAAAUGUCAUUAAAUACUCGUGUCUAAAUGUCAUUAAAUACUCGUGUCUAAAUGUCAUUAAAUACUCGUGUCUAAAUAUCAUUAAAUACUCGUGUCUAAAUGUCAUUAAAUACUCGUAUCUAAAUGUCAUUAAAUACUUGUAUCUAAAUGUCAUUAAAUACUUGUAUCUAAAUGUCAUUAAAUACUUGUGUCUAAAUGUUCAAGUGCUUUCAUAG